CAGUACGUGCGUCUUUAACGAGAGGCGUAGUAGCUUUAGGCUACUAUAUGUUUUUAAAAAAGAGAUUUCCGCUUCCUGCUGUUGUUUUAAACGUUCAAUUGACCAGAAGCUGAUCACAAGCCGGCAGCUGAACUGACUGACCUCAGCAGCAAGUUGGAGUAAAGUCUCAUAUGAAUCCACCGCUGAGCGGAGGCGGGAACAUUAAGAGGCUCGUGCCAUGAAAGUGUCCAUAUCUGACCAGACUUCACGCAUGAGCGCGUGUCUAAACUGACCGAGACCGACUGCACAGCACCCGAGACUAGAGCAUGUCGGAGCGAGGAGGGCUUCAGCAGCGAGCGGGAGCUCCGUCUCCCCACUUGCAGCCUCUCAGGACGGUCACGGUUUGUUCGAGUCGCCCGGUUCAGAUGAACCUGUUCGCGACAUGGGAGAUUGACAGCUCCUCUCCCAGCUGUGUGCCCAGACUUCUCAGUCUAACUCUUAAAAAAUUAGUGAUUUUGAAGGAGCUGGACCGAGAUCUCACAUCGGUGGUCAUCGCAGUUAAACUUCAGGGCUCAAAACGCAUUUUGCGGUCAAAUGAAAUCAUGCUGUUUUCUGCAGGCCUUACUGAGACUGAUCUUCAGCUGACCUUCUCACUUCAGUACCCACACUUUUUGAAGAGAGAUGCCAACAAGCUUCAGAUUAUGCUCCAGAGACGCAAGAGGUACAAGAAUCGCACUAUACUGGGCUACAAGACCCUGGCGCUAGGGAUGAUAAAUAUGGCUGAGGUGAUGCAGCACCCUACAGAAGGUGCUCAGGUGUUGAGCUUGCACACGACGGUGAAGGACACUUCAGUGCCUGUUGCAGAGAUCAGGGUCUAUUCUCUCUCCAGUCAACCCAUCGACCCAGUGGGACCAAAGGCCAAGCUAUCCGAUCGUUCACCAGACAUCGAUAAUUAUUCUGAGGAGGAAGAAGAAAGCUAUUCAUCAGAGCAGGACUGCAGUGAUGACCCUCUGCAGGGGCAGUACCUCUAUGAUGACGAGGAUGAACUGAGGAAAAAGAAACCUCGCCGUAAACUCCCCUCCACAGCCUCCAUCACCAGAGCUAACGUAGGUGACCAACCUAACAUCAAACAGAAGCUUAUGGCAUUGGUGAAAUGGUUUAAAGUGUCUGAUGAGGUGGGGUUUGGUUUGGAUCAUGUGUCCCAAGAGCAGAUCCGGGAUGUGGAAGAGGACCUGGAUGAGCUCUAUGACAGUCUUGAGAUGUACAACCCCAGUGACAGCGGCCCAGACAUGGACGAAACAGACAGUAUUAUUAGCACCCCCAAACCCAAACUCCGGCCUUUUUUUGAAGGCAUGUCACAGUCCAGCUCUCUGACAGAGUUUGGUAGCUUGAAUAGCAGGUGCAGCCACGGAAAAGACAAGCGGAGUCCUAGGGGUGAGCAGACUGUAUCUGGUAAAAUCCAGCGUUCACCCAGUGCACACGUGGACGAAGCUUUCUCAGAGAUGGACACAUUAGAACUCAAUGAAGUGGAGGUGAUCGCCGACGGGACCCCUAGCAUCACUUUAUCAGUGGCAGAGAGGCCUCAGAGGAGCAACAGCACUAACAUGCCAUCUCCCAGACUGGAUGGCAGUCAUACCCCCAAACAGAGGCGAGCAACCCUUAUGAAAGAGAGAGAGCUGUCCAAACAACUCAGUGAACGCACCAACAGCUCAGACAGUGAGAGAUCACCCGAGCUCAGCCUCACCCCUCAGAUGCCGAGGAAGAUCGUGUAUGACCAACUCAACCAGAUCCUGCUGUCUGACAGCACACUUCCUGACAGCCUUAUCCUCGUCAAUGGCAGUGAUUGGCAAGGACACUAUGUGGCCGAGCUGCUGGAAGCCCAAAAGCUGCCGGUGGUCUGCACCUGCUCCGGAUCAGAAAUCCAGGCCGUCCUUUCUGCCCUGCUCACACGCAUACAGAAAUUCUGCAACUGUAACUCAGUCAUGCCCAAACCAGUGAAGGUGGUGGCGGUUGGAGGUCAGAGCUACUUAGGAGCCGUCUUGAGAUUCUAUGUCUCUCAGCUUGCCAACAAGAUGUCUGACUGGCUCAGUCAUAUGAGGUUCCUUGUGGUGCCUACAGGCUCUCACCCUGUGGCCAAACACCUGGGUUCUCUGGACAAUCGCUACAGUUCUUCCUUCCUGGACGGCUCAUGGCGAGAGUUUUUCAGCCGCCCAGAGCCGCCUCAGACUGCUUCCUCUGCUGAAUUUGUGGAUGUGGCUGGGCGAAUUCUACAAUACAUCAACGGAUCUACGGUUACUCAUCAGUUUCCCAUUGCUGAGGCCAUGCUGACCUGCAAACACAAGACGCAAGAUGAUGAUUCCUACCAAAAUUUUGUUCCAUUUGUGGGCUUGGUUAAGGUGGGAUUGGUAGAACCCAGCCCAGGAUCCUCAGGUGGAGAUUGUGAGGAGGGUUUGGCUUUGAGUUUGGCAGUUCCAUCGACUUCUCCACCUGCUCAUGGAUCUCUCACUGGGAUGAUGAAAGAAUCUGCAACGCCUCCUCCAUCACCAUCGCUAAGCGGACUGGCUGCUCUAGGAAGCCCCAGCAUGUCUCAUGGUAUGGAUGCCAUUGGGCUGCAGGUGGAUUACUGGGUGUCUUCAGGGGCUGAGAAGCGCAAAGAUGGAGAGCGGAGAGACAUGGGCAAUAAGAACACUUUGAAGUGUGCAUUCAGAUCCUUGCAGGUUAGCAGACUGCCCGGCUCCUUUGAGCUGCAGACUGGCUCUAACACCAUGUCCAUGACUGUGGUGACCAAGGAGAAAAACAAGAAAGUCCCAAACCUCUUCCUGGGGAAGAAGCCUAAAGAGAGAGACGCCGAGUCAAAGAGUCAGGUCAUUGAAGGCAUCACCAGACUCAUAUGCUCUGCCAAGAAUCAACAAACCAGUCUAAGAGUGUCUGUAGAUGGAAUGGAAUGGAAUGAUGUGAAGUUCUUCCAGCUGGCAUCUCAGUGGCCCACUCAUGUGAAGUACUUCCCUGUGGGGCUGUUUGGCUACAACAAACCAUCCUCCUAGUGCCCUCUGGAGGAAAAAAAACAUGGUAAAGUUUCCGGAACCUGCUUGCUACGGCCUUCAGAUUGAAUAGAUG